AUGAGAAAAGCAUAUGCUAAUUAUUUUCUUAUAAAAUUUUUAUUCGUUGUAAUACGUUUUGUUUCAGAACCACGUAGAUUGAAAUACAAUAAGAACAGUAAUGUAUCAAUCUGUGAGCAACCAGUUUUAAGUCAAGAAGUGGCCGUAGAACUUGAAAGAAUCGCAAUCGAUGUUUUAAAUUUACCUGCAAGGAGUAGCGUUCGAAAUCCUUGUGCUAUUGUUCGUGCUCUUACUCGUCGUAUCGCUGAUUUAGAAGCAAUGGUCGAGGCGCGCUUUAAUGAUGGAAGCUUGUCACCAGGUUACUUAAUCACCAUGUGGUACUAG